GGGCCGUAGCGUGUGGGCGGGCCUGGUGUGGGCGGGCCGUAGCGUGUGCUCGUCGCUGCAGUGUGUGAAAGCAGUAGUUGGUCGUUGCAGUCGUACGGUUUGGAAGGAGGUCGACCAGCAGAGAGACUCACUGAGGAAUACUGAGGACAAUGAUCCCAGGAUACACUACUACAGAGGCCAUACUGCAUACACUAUGGACUCUGAAUCUCUGGACAGUUGUAUCCAGAACACCCUCUCAGCCCUCUACCCUCCAUUUGAUGCCACAGCCUCCACGGUGCUGUGUCAGGUAUUUGAUGGGGUGGAGACCAGCUACAGAGGAGACGGAUUAAGAUACCUUAUAGACUUCCUGGUCCCCGCCAAACACAUCCUGCAGACCAUCCAGCAACAUGCCUGUUUCCCGUACUGCGGCCUGUUAUUCCGGCACCAGGGCUGGCCUCUGUGUCUCCACGACAAGGUGAUCAUCCAGCUCUCUCCUCUGGACCCACGUGUCCUCCGCCCCGGGGACUUCUACCUACAGGUGGCAUCGCCCUCUGUCUCCCCCAGCUCCUCCUCCACCAACACCCCCAGCCCACCCUGUCUCAUCCUGCGUUGUCUGGCCUCCAGUGGGCAGCAUGUAGAGGAGGUAAAGUUGCCAGAGCUAGCCUACACCUCCCUGUUCACCAUGGCCUGGCUCCACUCAGUCAACAGGGAACGGAGUGGAGCAGGAACGGAGACAGGGUCGGGGACAGGGUCUGGGACAGGGUCUGGGACAGGGUCUGGGACAGGGUCUGGGACAGGGUCGGGGACAGGGUCUGGGACAGGGUCGGGGACCGGGUCUGGGACAGGGUCGGGGAGGACACUGUCCUACUGCCUCCUUUCUGCAGAGAACGACAUCUUCAGAGUACCCUGGGAGGAUGUAGUACACCCUCAGUUCAUUAACAGACCCACGGCUAUGGUGGCUGCACCUAUCAGAGUCCCUACCAAGGGAGAAGGGGACGGGGGGAGGGAACAGGACGUCUUCAAGCCUUCGGAGAGGGCCAGAUGCAUUUUGAUUGACACAUCCAAGGCCCAAUGUGGAGAGAGUACGGAGGUGAAGCUCCUCCCACGGUUGAGACAGCCUAUCGAGACCAGGGACGAUGGGAAAGGUUUUGACAUCGCAGCAGAAGAGGACUCGGACGCUGAGGGAGAGUAUGUUGAACUGGAAGAGAUCUCUCUACCGCGCUUCUCUCCUCAGAAAGGAUCCUUAACACAGUCUGUUAGUCUGAACUACAGGAACCUGCAUAAACCCUGGACUACAGCCCGACACCCCCCCAAAGCAACCCCCUCCCAGCCCUUUCAUGCCCCGGUGAAAAGCAGCACUUUCUCCCAGUCCAUGGUGUGUUCCAGACUCAUCGAGGAAUACCUGAACAACGACGUGUUUUCCCCUGUCAUCCUCACCCCAACGGCCCCCACCUCCCCUAUGGCCCCUACCUCCCCUACGGCCCCCACCUCCCCUACGGCCCCCACCUCCCCUACGGCCAGAGAGGGGGUCAGCGGUGAGGGGACAGCGUCAGACCGUACAGAAGGUACCGCUGCUCGUCUCCAGAGGCUAACACAACGUAUCUCUGAGCGUGUGUCUGAGUCUCACUGGUCAGUGUGUGACGGCACAGCCUUAUCAGUGGUUUAUGACCCCCAGACUGACAGCGAGGAGGUUUUAACCCAGUCACACAGUAUAGUGGAGAGGGAAGAGUCUCUCGGGCACCCUCAGACUGACAGCGAGGAGGUUUUAACCCAGUCACACAGUAUAGUGGAGAGGGAAGAGUCUCUCAGUCACCCUCAGACUGACAGCGAGGAGAUGGAGGAGAGGAGGGAUAGUGGUUCUGAAACCAGGGCAGAGGAGAGGGAUAGGGGUUCAGAAACCAGGACAGAGGAUAGGAGGGAUAGGGGUUCAGAAACCAGGGCAGAGGAGAGGGAUAGGGGUUCAGAAACCAGGACAGAGACAGAGGAUAGGAGGGAUAGGGGUUCAGAAACCAGGACAGAGACAGAGGAGAGGAGGGAUCGGGGUUCAGAAACCGAGACAGGGGAGGGGGAUCGGGGUUCAGAAACCAGGACAGAGACAGAGGAGGGGGAUCAGGAAACCAGGACAGAGACAGAGGAGGGGGAUCGGGGUUCAGAAACCAGGACAGAGACAGGGGAGAGGGGGGAUAGUGGUUCAGAAACCAGGACAGAGACAGAGGAGGGGGAUAGGGGUUCAGAAACCAGGACAGAGACAGGGGAGAGGGGUAGCCAUGUUGGCAUCUUACAGGUGGUUGACACCAGUGAGACAGACUCUCACCAUGAUGACCCUGAGGUCUCCAACGGCCAAUCAGACACUCCCCAAGGAGAGGACCAGACACUGAACACUCUGACUGAGACUCUCAUACACUUAGCCCCCACUCCCACUGACCACCAAACACCAACGCACUACACACCUUCCACUGAAUCAGAGACCGAGAGACCGGAGGACAAGGAGGAGGAGGAAGAGGAAGAUAACCACUCAGAUACUGAGCCCCAAGAGAAAGAAGAGACAGGCCCCAUUCAGCCAGAGGAACCUGUGUUAAAAUCCUGUUCCAUGGACAAGCCAUCCACUGAAACUAACCACAGAGACCCAGAACUACAACGGAGCCCAGCAGUGAUGUUUCACGACCCUCCACCUCCCUCACCCCAGCUACACCAGUCCCCAGCCCAGUUAACCCCGUCCCCAGCCCAGUUAACCCAGUCCCCAGCCCAGUUAACCAGGUCCUACUCCCAGUCCAGCCAGUUAACCCAGUCCCCAGCCCAGUUAACCAGGUCCUACUCCCAGUCCAGCCAGUUAACCCAGGCCCCAGCCCAGCUAACCCAGUCCCCAGCCCAGUUAACCCAGUCCCCAGCCCAGUUAACCAGGUCCUACUCCCAGUCUAGCCAGUUAACCCAGUCCCCAUCCCAGUUAACCAGGUUCUACUCCCAGUCCAGCCAGUGCUCCCAGUCUUCAGUCUUUCCUAAGUCCCAGACACUGACAGAGGCCCACAACAUCAAUGCUGCUGUCCUCAGUUCUGGGGUGCUCUGUCUGCCUGGAACAAGAGAUAGGGGGGUCGAGCCCUGGUGACCGUGACCACGAGGAACACCGGCUGGUUGAACCCCAGCUGUGACUGUGGAGAACUGGUCAGAAUCCUGGUCUACUACUACACAAUGCUCAGGAAGGAGGUGCGUUCCCUAGGGUUGACAGUCGUGGUAGACUCCCGGCGGUGCUCCCCUGUCCCCGCUCUGUUCAGCGCCUUCAACAUACUUCAGGUAAGACACGG